AUGUCAGACAACAAGUACCCACCCGUCAAGCAGAGUACAACUCAAUCCGACGUGGAGCAGAAGAACGUCGACAUAGUGAAAGAGUAUAUGCGCCUAGCCUACUCUCCGUCCGAAAACAAAGGCGCUCAAACUGUCGCCCACCUUUGCCAUGAUCACGCCUACUUCAUCGCCCCAACCACCUUCCCUGGCGUCAACUCGCCCCAAGAAUACGCUGAAUCGCAUUCUAAAGUCAUGGCCGCAGUGUCUGAUCUGCACAUCGACUCAUACGAUGUCAUCUUUGCAAAAGGUGGACACGUGUGCUUGAGGUAUAGUGCCAGUGGAAGCCAUUGCGGAGAGCCGCAUAAUGGGAUCGAGGCCAGUGGGAAUAAGGCGGCUUGGCAUGCUGCGGCUAUUUUCGAGGUUGAAGAUGGGAAAAUCAAAGGGUGGACCAAGGAGUGGGAUAAGCUGCAUAUGUGGAAGCAGUUGGGAUGGAUGAAGGGGGACGAGUAUGUGUGA